AUGUGUGCUUCAACUACAGAUGCGGUACACCCGCGGUUUACAAAGAAACCCGUAUAUGCUCUUGGGGGACUCAAAAUUGCUCUCCUGCAAUUGGCUGUGGGACCAGAUAAAUCUAAAAAUAUUGAGCGUGCUGUUAAAGAAAUACACAGUGUUAAGGAGAAAGGAGCUCAGUUGGUGGUGUUGCCAGAGUGUUUCAACUCGCCGUACGGCACAAAGUACUUUGCGGAGUACGCGGAGGAGGUGCCAACGGGGGCCACUUGUAGGGCCCUCUCCAAGGUGGCUGCUGAAGCGGGGCUGUGCGUCGUGGGCGGCACGGUGCCAGAGCGGUGCGGCGACAGACUUUACAACACGUGCACCGUGUGGGACAGCAGCGGAAAGCUCCUGGCACAAUACAGGAAGAUGCAUCUCUUCGACAUAGACAUUCCGAACAAGAUAACCUUCAAGGAGUCCGAAGUGUUGAGCGCCGGUGACCAGCUGGCGAUAUUCGAGUGCCAGGGUAUCAAGGUCGGUCUGGGCAUCUGCUACGACCUGCGCUUCCCGGAACAGGCGAGGCUGAUGGCCAACGAAGGCUGCUCGCUGCUGGUGUACCCGGGCGCGUUCAACAUGGCCACGGGCCCCCGGCACUGGGAGCUGCUGGGCAGGGCGCGCGCCGCCGACCUGCAGCUGUGGGUGGCGCUGGCCAGCCCCGCCAGGGACCCCGCCGCGGACUACGUCGCCUGGGGCCACUCCGCCCUGCUCGACCCCUGGGGCGCAGUGGCGCACACGCUCGCCCACGAGCCGGCCACCCUGCUGGCGGACGUGGAUCUGGCCACGGUGGAGGAGGUCAGGGAGCAGAUACCGAUCAGGCGUCAGCGCAGGACGGACAUCUACGACACCAUUCUCAAGUGCCAAUCGAAUCUCCGA